AUGUACAGUGAUUCAAUACUACUAUUAUGUAUAUGUAUGGUAUACAAGAAGACUGAGUAUCUACAGGUGGAAGCGGCGGUUAUCAACUGGCAGUCCCCAAGGUGGUUAGCGUCGCUUCGCCGCUGUCGACCUGUAUGCAAACGUGCUUAUAAGCCUGAGGUCUCCGUGAUACAUUUGUUUCCGCUUCCUCUCUUUCUCCCACUUCACGUCCUCGCCAGAUUCUCCUUCUCCCACACCUUCAAAUGCUCCUUACGCGCCUCCCAAACGAGCCUCCCAGCAACCUCCACUAGUCUCCAUCAUCGGGGAUUUCCAAUACCAGUCUUCAGGUUCGACAACGUGAGCUUCUCGGGGGACUUUGAAUGGCGUUAG